AUGGGGAUGGGCGGAGGAGCCGGAAGGGAAGAGCUCCGCGAGUCGGUCAGUUGCGAGCCGAGCAUGGAAGUCGACGCCGACCUCCGACCGAUUCUGGGUCCCCAGCUCGUACGGCUGGACCCGAUGCGCAUCAAGCAAUUGCAGUGAGUUCGUAUGUCGUGUCAACCCGCUAACCCGUUAUCAUAUCACCACAAAUCACGCACAGUCGUAGUCAACUUUAAGCCCUUUGAUUUUUGUCGCGACAACCUGUUCCACACUCACUUCUUUUCAAUCAAUCCCACUUUGUACCAGUGUACCACCGGAACAGUCGAAAAACAAGAAUUCAGAGAUCCCGUCGUGUACGAGGCCAUCGACAACUUGGCCAAACUGUCCGCCCACUGCCUCCAGUUGCGCACUCCUCUCACCACUUGCGAGAAGCUCAUCAACUCCGAUUCUACUUUUUAUCUUUCCUGGAAAUACGAUGAGUCCGUUCCUCCGUCCCGUUCCAUUUCCAUUCUUCUUCGUGUUCAGGGAAGAGAAGGUCUCCAAACUGCUCGGAUUCGCCAAAGUCGGACGCAAGAAGCUGUUCCUCUACGAUUCGCAAAUGCAAACUUACGAAGGAGAGGUCGGGCUUCCAUUCGGCUUCUCCCCUCCCAUUUCAGCUCCUUUCAGAUUCUGUGUCUUCUCGACUUUUACGUGCACUUCUCUGCGCAACGUCAGGGAGUCGGAAAGCAUAUUCUAGACUACAUGUUCGCGCAGGAACACGCGGAGCCAUACCAACUGGCACUCGACAAUCCGUCCGUCACUCUGCUCGGCUUCAUGUCCCAGAAGUACGGACUCACUAAACCCGUCUGGCAGAACACCAACUUCGUCGUUUUCGACGAGCUCUUCCAAUCGUUGGCGGCCGAGAACGGAUUCGGUAUUUCCUUUUCGCGCGCGCCCAGAAACAUCAGGUUCUUUCAGAGAAACAGCCUCCAGAGGGCUGGCGCCGUCCCCAGACCCCCCGUCGCCUUGGAACCGGAAUGACCGAUACCCGUUGGCUUCAGCACGCCGUCAGUGGACAUCAGAGCAAGGGAAACGCCAUGUCGUCUCCCGUCGACGCUGAUAUGACUUCGCAAGGAGCUCUCAGCAACAGAGCUAAUCAGGCAAAACAAAGAAAGGCUCACAUUCUGUCGAGCAAGCCACUCUGGUGA